ACCAGCCUGCCUAGGCCACACAUUUUGUGUCUGUGUGUGUGUGUUUGGAACAGAGGCCAAUCAUCUGCACACUUGUGGCAACUGGAAGAGACCAUGAACCCCUUUCUUACAGUCCUGCUGUAUCUCGGACUGAGUCUGGACCUCAGGAUCCCAGUACUGGCAGGGGCCCUCUCUAAACCUACACUCUGGGCAGUGCCAAGAAAUGUGGUAGCCACUGGGACCCAGGUGACAUUCUUCUGUGAAGGGCCCUUAGAGGCCAAGGAAUAUGUUCUCUACAAAGAAGGAAGUCCAGAUUACCCAAUACCAACAACCCUUUUACAAACUGAAAACAAAGCCACAUUCUCUAUCUCUUCGGUUGAAUGGUACUAUGCAGGCCAAUACUGGUGUGAAUAUAAAAGCAAUAAUGGUAUGUCAGAAAGAAGUGACUUCCUGGAGCUGGUGGUGACAGGACAUUACUCAAGCAAAGUCAUCUUGUCUGCCAUAUCUAGCCCUGUGGUGACCUCAGGAGGGCUCGUGACUCUUCAGUGUGUCUCACAACAGGCAUAUAACAGGUUCAUUCUGAUGAAGGAAGAUAAGAAGUUCUCCCCAGCUUUGCCCUCACAGAAUAUACACCCUGAGUUAUUUGGAGCCCUGUUCACUGUGGGUCCUGUGACCCCCAACCAGAGGUGGAGGUUCACAUGCUAUGGGUAUUACUUGAGCAGCUCCCAGCUGUGGUCAGUGCCCAGUAAUCACCUAGAGCUCCUGGUCUCAGGGAUCCUUCAUAAACCCACCAUCUGGGCUCAUCCCGGCUCAGUGAUCACCUCAGGGAGCCCUGUUACCAUCUGGUGUAAGGCAACCCUGGGAGCCCCAAUGUAUGUGAUAUAUAAAGAGGGAAUCCAAGAGCCCUGGGUCCAACAGACUCAAACAGACAACAACACUGAGGCAAAACUCCCCAUUCCAUCUGUGACACAAGUGCAGGCCGGACGAUAUCACUGUUACUCUUACACCUCUGCUGGAUGGUCAGAGCGCAGUGACACCUUAGAGCUGGUGGUGACAGGAGUCUACAACAAACCCACCCUGUCAAUCACGAAAAAUCCUGUUGUAAACUUAAGAGGGUCUGUGACCCUCUCUUGUACCUCAAGUCAGAGAUACGACUGGUUCAUUUUAACAAAGAAUGGUCAGAAGUUCUCCAUCCCUCAGAUCACAAGAUACACACACACUGGGAUGUUCCUGGCUGAGUUUCCAGUGGGUCCAGUGACCUCUAGGCAGAGGUGGAGGUUCAGAUGCUAUGGCUAUUACACAAAUAAUCCUCAGGUGUGGUCAGAAGGGAGUGACGUCCUGGAGCUCCUGGUCUCAGGGAACCUUCAGAAACCCACCUUAUGGGCUGAACCAAGUUCUGUGAUUGCCUCUGGCAAUGAUGUGACCAUCUGGUGUGAGGGGUCCAGGGAAACCCAAAUAUAUUUCCUGUAUAAAGAAGGAAGCUCAGCACCCUGGGACAGUCAUAUACCAAAAGAUCCUGGUAACAAGGCCAUGUUCUCCAUAACAUCUGUGGAAAAGCUUCAUGCAGGGAAAUAUCGCUGUUACUCUUACAAAUCUGCAGGGUGGACAGAGCGCAGUGACUCCCUGGAGCUGGUGGUGACAGGAGUUUACCCCACCAAAAUCACUCUGUCAGCCCUUUCCAGCCCUGUGGUGACCUCAGGAGGAAAUGUGACCUUUCAGUGUGUCUCACAAAAGACAUAUAACAGGUUCAUUCUAAUGAAGGAAGAUGAGAAGUUCUCCAAGGCUUUGCCCUCACAGAAUAUACACCCUAAGUUAUUUGGAGCCGUGUUCACAGUGAGUCCUGUGACUCCCAACCAGAGGUGGAGGUUCACAUGCUAUGGCUAUUACUUGAGGAGCUCUCAGCUGUGGUCAGUGCCCAGUAAUCACCUAGAGGUCCUGGUCUCAGGGACGCUCCAGAAACCCAGCAUCUGGGCUGAGCCAGGCUCUGUGAUCACCUCAGGGAAUCCUGUGACAAUCUGGUGUGAGGGGACCAAGGAAACCCAAAUAUAUUUCCUAUAUAAAGAAGGAAGCUCAGCACCCUGGGACAGUCAAACUCCCAAAGAUUCUGGUAACAAGGCCAUGUUCUCCAUAGCAUCCAUGGAAAAGCAUCAUGCAGGACAAUAUCGCUGUUAUUCUUAUAAAUCUGCAGGGUGGACAGAGCGCAGUGACUCCCUGGAGCUGGUGGUGACAGGUGUCCACCAUGGAAAACCUACUCUGUCAGCUUUUCCCAGCCCUGUGGUGACCUCUGGUGGGAAUGUGACCCUUCAGUGUGUCUCAUCCAAAGGAUAUGAUGGGUUCAUUUUGACUGGGGAAGAUCUGAAGUUCUCCAGGUCCCAAAAGGCACAGCCGACACACACCGGACAGUCCCUAGCUCUGUUUCCUGAGAUCUCCGUGACGGCCAGCAAGAGUGGUCCCUUCAGAUGUUAUGGAUAUUAUACAAAUAACUCACAUGUGUGGUCAGAGUCCAGUAACCCUCUGGAGAUACAUGUCUCAGGGCUGUCAGGGAAGCCCUCCCUGGUGACCCAACACGGCCCUGUCCUGGGCCCUGGAGAAAACCUGACCCUUCGGUGUUCCUCAGAGAUAAGUUAUGACCGAUUUCUUCUGUCCAAGGAAGGGGAAAGUGACCUCCACCAGGUCUCUGUCCAUCAGCCUCAAGCUGGAUAUUUUCAUGCCAACUUCACCCUAGGUUUUGUGAAUUUUUCCACUGGAGGCCGGUAUAGAUGCUAUGGUUCAUAUAACUUCCCUGAGUGGUCAGCCCCCAGUGACCCUCUGGACGUCCUGAUCACAGGAUACCUUCCUGUCACACCCAAUCUCUCAGUGCAUCCAGGCACUACUGUGUCCUCAGGAGAGAAUGUGACCCUGCUGUGUCAAUCAUCAGUCCCAGUGGACACAUUCUUUCUGUUCAAGGAAGGUGCAGCCCAUCCCUACAUGCAACGAAGAGCAAAGUCUCAAGAUCUACAAUAUGAGGCAGAAUUCUCCAUGAGUGCUAUGACCUUGGCCUUUGGGGGUUCUUACAUGUGCUUUGCUUCUCAAAACUCAUCCCCUUACCUGCUGUCACAUGCCAGUGUUCCUGUGGAGAUCAUAUUCUCAGAACUGGAAGGAUACCAAAAGGCUAUGAUUGGUGUCUCUGUGGCAUUCUUCCUACUGCUUUUCCUCCUCGUCUUCUUCCUUUUCCUCAGACUCAGACAUCAGAAGAAAGACAGGAAGGGAGUCCAGACAAAGACUGACUUGCAACAUCCUGCAGACUCAGCGAACAAGGGCAAAGGCUUCCAGAAGAGAUCCAAACCAGCUCCUGCCAUCCAGGAAGAAAUCUUGUGUGAGAGGAAGAGGACCUGGGAGGGAGAUAUCUGAGACCUCAGCAUCAUAGGGGUGGAGGAGGGCCUGGGACACUGAACCCUCUCUAUGUACCCUCACCUCCUACAUCUUCUCUUUCCAUAUCUGGGAUAUAGCAGGGGUCUGGGGAUGUGAGAUGUCCUGGAAAUCUGGUCAGGGGAAAACUUGCAUGUUUGCUAUGACAGAUGCUACUGUGAAGGUCACACAGCCUGCAGACAGCAUGGAGCUGGAUGUCCUGAGCCAACAUGAGGAAGUCCCCUCCAAAGACUUGUAUGCCCAAGUGAAGCCCUCAAGAUUCAGAAGG